AAUCAUCCCGGCGAGCGGUUUAGAAGUACCACCCACACGACUCUAUCGCUUUAUUCAUUACAUGUUCACAUAAUUUAAAGUUUUGUCCGAGUCCUCGUUCAAAAUGCUGAUCAAAGUGAAGACUCUGACUGGAAAAGAAAUAGAAAUUGACAUUGAGCCCACAGACAAGGUGGAGCGUAUCAAAGAAAGAGUGGAAGAGAAGGAAGGGAUACCCCCUCAACAACAAAGACUUAUCUACAGCGGAAAACAGAUGAACGAUGAGAAGACGGCGGCAGACUACAAAAUCCAAGGAGGCUCAGUGCUCCAUCUGGUGUUGGCGUUAAGGGGAGGGAAAGCACACCACACACCCGAUGUACAACUCUUAGUGUCAUGAAUGGCGCUUGCCAUGCCAGCUGUGUGCCAACGCUUUAGUUGUCCUGACUUCAUUUGACCAUGUUACAAUAAAAACUAAGCAAGAAAACAAAAUUACCCCUCCCAGAUUUAAAAAAAAAAAAAAAAGAAAGGAUGGUGUGUUCC